UUUUACUUCAAUAAAAAGAACCAAUUUAAACCGUUAUUGAUCGCAUCUCCGCGGUGUCGAGUCCGUGAAACAAGGUAUUGAAACCGAUUGUAUUUAUUGAACUCGGAGCCGGUCGAGCGCCAGGAUGCCGUUGCUGUUCCUGGAGCGGUUCCCGUGGCCCAGCCUGCGGACCUACACGGGCUUGAGCGCGGUCCUGCUGGCUGGGAGCAUCCUCAGCGCCUACAGCACGGUGACCGAGCCGGGCUACAGCCUGCCUGAAGCCGGAGACCCCCACCCCACCCCGGGUCAGGACGAGAACCAGAUUGACGGCGUCGGGAACGGAGUCGCUGCAGAUGUGCUGUGGUACCUCGUUUCGGACAGCUUUUUUGUUUGGGUCCUGGUAAACACAGCGUGUUGCUUCCUGAUGAUGAUUGCCAGAAUGAUUCAGUACAUGGUGUUCGGCCCCCUGAGAGUCAGUGAGAGGCAGCACCUGAAGGACAAGUUCUGGAACUUUAUCUUCUACAAGUUUAUCUUCAUCUUUGGCGUGCUGAAUGUGCAGACUGUGGAAGAAGUGGUCAUGUGGUGCCUUUGGUUUGCAGUGCUGGUCUUUCUGCAUCUCAUGGUCCAGCUCUGCAAAGAUCGGUUUGAAUAUCUGUCGUUCUCGCCCACCACCCCCAUGAGCAGCCACGUGCGAGUGCUGUCCCUGCUGGUGUCCAUGAUGAUCUCCUGCUGUGGGCUGGCUCUUGUCUGUGGGCUAGUGGGGCUGUCCCAUGGAAUGCACACUGUGGCCUUCAUGGCUGCUGAGUGUCUGCUGGUCACUGUGCGGACCGGUCAUGUCAUCAUGCGGUACACCAUCCACCUCUGGGACCUGAACCACGAGGGCACCUGGGAGAGCAAGGGCACCUAUGUGUACUACACUGACUUCGUCAUGGAGCUGGCCCUGCUGUCCCUCGAUCUCAUGCAUCACAUUCAUAUGCUACUCUUUGGCAACAUUUGGCUGUCGAUGGCCAGCUUGGUGAUAUUCAUGCAGCUUCGCUACCUUUUCCACGAAGUGCAACGCAGGAUUCGGCGCCACAAGAACUACUUGCGUGUCAUUGGCAACAUGGAGGCCAGGUUUGCUGUGGCUACGGCUGAGGAACUGGCUGCCAACAACGAUGACUGUGCCAUCUGCUGGGACUCCAUGCAGGCGGCACGCAAACUGCCCUGUGGGCAUCUCUUCCACAACUCCUGUCUGCGCUCCUGGCUGGAGCAGGACACUUCCUGCCCCACCUGCCGCAUGUCUCUGAACAUCAGCGAGGGCGGCCAGGCCAGGGAGGACCGGCAGAGAGAGGUGCUGGACGACGCCAUCGGCCCAGGCCCGGCGGGAGAGGCCAGGCCUCACCUCAACCAGCACAACCACUUCUUCCACUUCGACGGUUCCCGCAUUGCGAGCUGGCUGCCCAGUUUUUCAGUGGAAGUUAUGCACACAACUAACAUUCUUGGAAUUGCACAGGCCAACAACUCCCAGCUUAAUGCCAUGGCCCACCAGAUCCAGGAGAUGUUUCCUCAGGUGCCGUAUCACCUGGUGCUGCAGGACCUCCAGCUCACGCGCUCUGUGGAGAUCACCACCGACAACAUCCUGGAGGGGCGCAUACAGGUUCCCUUCCCCCAGCAGCCCAGCGAGCGCCCUGUCCUGCAGGUGACGUCUUCCCCCGAGGAGCCCACUGGGGCUAGCGGAGGCGGUGAGGCAGUGCCCAGCGAGACCGAGGACUUUGAGGCCAGGGGCAGCCGCUUCUCCAAAUCAGCUGAGGAGAGACAGAGGAUGCUGUUACAGAGAAAGGAGGACCUGUUGCAGCAGGCACGCAGGCGAUAUCUCAGUAAGAGCCCAGAGGAGAUGGAGGAGGAAGAGGAGGAGGAAACCCUGCCUUCUUCAGAGGUUGAUAACCCCAGCUCGGACUCUCUGACGCUGCGGCGCAGGAUGCUGGCAGCAGCUGCAGAACGCAGGAUGCAGAGGCAUCGGGACGGGCCGCAGUGAAGGCUUCCUGGGACACAUCCCGUACACACUUGCCUACCAGCUGCAGGCUUCUUGCGUAACUUGACCAAAGUGGUGUAGCAAUUUGUCUUUCAAAGGCAUAAUCUUAGAAGUGCUGCCGAUGAAGUAGGGGGGGGGAGGGA